CAACAUAUCAUCUCAUCUUUCUUAUCCUUCCUGAUCAUCAUGUCCAGCCUACCAACGUUACCCUUCCUCACAGACACGACCACUACUGUCUCCUCUCAGCCUCUACUCCCUCUUUCUCAACCCGACACCACGGACAACAUCAGAGCUGACUCAAACCAAUCUUCAAUCGAACCUCCAAUCCUUCGUUCAAAUCAGCCUGACCCAAUCGACGAUCACCCAGCCUCCUCUCAAGUCUGGAGAUCUCUUCUUGCCGAACGUAUGGCUCGCUCUCAGGAUGAUCAACGUCGGCUACGUCCUCUGGAGGCCUUUGAACGUGCUGUCGAGGCUCGUCGAAGAGAGAGAGAUGCACACCUCGAACUCGCAGCCGAUGCUCGUCGAAGAGAACGGGAAGCUCAACGUAAUUUGAUGGACGUUCAGCGUGAAACUUUGAGGGCGGCUGAGCGGACGAUCAGUUUACUGAGAGAGCAAAUUCGACUACAUGACGAACGAGCUCGGCUUUCCUUGGCGUCGCUGAUUCCCUCUCCGGCUCCGGCCGACACGCCCGCCAGAACACCGACUCAACGUGCUGCCCUCGAGCGUUCACUUUCCACUCGGAUUGCGAGCCUUCAAGCUGACAUUGAGCGCGAACGAAGACGGGCUGGCUUGAGUGGACCGAUGCGUCGACCGGAGACAGAAGCUGCGGCUCGAGUACGAGCAAAUUCACUCGCGAGUGCCGCCGUUGCUUGUCCUCAGGAGCCUACUCUUACGGCUCCUGUUCCCUGCCGCCACCACCCAAUACUCCAGGGUCAUAGCCGUGGUUCCGAUGGUUCUGAUGACGAGCUACGUUUGUCGGGCUGUACUCAUAACUCCAGUCCAAUGGAACGUGAAUGGGAUCGUCAACUUGCAAACGGUGAAGUGGAUGCCAAUGGGAUUGAUUUGGGCAAGGGACGUAAUGGGGAUGGGAAAUUGUCGGCAACCAAUGUUGGACAUCGUCAUGUCGAAGGUCUGGGACUUCAAUCAGCAUCCGAAUUCGCCUCGGCCUUUGCACUUAAGCCCUGUCGAUCCAACGGACCUAGAUGUUUGAGGUAACACUGAUGAGUAGAUGGAUAUUGGGAUUGUAAUAUACUUUCUCUUUCAAUCAGGCGGGUAUAAUCACCAAAAUCACAUGUAUUAUUCUAUCUUCAAUUUCAUCACUACUCUACUGCUUGCUGUCUCCUAUGCUCAAAAGUUUGUAAGUAAAAUUUAUUGUUUAUGUCACCGUUCAUAUUUCUUCCUUCUCGAGUGUCUUCAAUGUCUUUAAUAUCAAUUAUGUCGCUGAACCAAUGUCGCAGGAUUGUCACUUGUAAAGUUAUAUCCAUUAUAUCUAAAGCAGAAUUGACUAAAGAUAUCAAACC